CGCCUGUGCGCCGCCGCAGUCGCGCAAGGGAGGAGAGCGGAGAGUGUCGAGCGAGGCGCAGGAGAGACAGUAAUGCGCUGCCGGAGCACGGCGGUAGCAGCGCCUUCCUGUGUUUACAUCAAUGAGACGGAUUCCGACGAUAAAACGCUGAAAUACGAGCCACCCAGCCGUCUCCGCGGAACGUUCUCGGGCGCUCUGAAUUCGAGGGACCUCAUUUCCGCCUGAGCUCCAUAAUCUCCGCCAUCCAGCUCAAAUGAUAGAUGAUUGUUUUUCGGCGAAGCGGGGCAGUUUGAAAGCUGGCACCAUGGGCCCCAGCUUGAUCACAGAUUUACUCAAGUAAAUGGGAGCAUCCUGACCCAGUGAAUCUCCCCAUUACAUCAACAGAAAACCAGCAAUGGCAGGUUUCAAACGUGGAUACGAUGGCAAGAUCGCCGGGUUGUAUGACCUGGACAAGACCCUAGGCCGUGGCCACUUUGCCGUGGUCAAGCUGGCCCGCCAUGUCUUCACAGGGGAGAAGGUGGCAGUGAAAGUCAUCGACAAGACCAAACUGGACAGUGUAGCUACAGGCCACCUCUUCCAGGAAGUUCGCUGCAUGAAGCUGGUGCAGCACCCCAACAUCGUGCGCCUCUAUGAGGUCAUUGACACCCAGACUAAGCUCUACCUGAUCCUGGAGUUGGGUGACGGAGGAGACAUGUUCGAUUAUAUCAUGAAGCACGAGGAAGGGCUCAGUGAAGAGCUGGCCAAGAAAUACUUUGCCCAAAUUGUGCAUGCCAUCUCCUACUGCCACCGGCUGCAUGUGGUCCACCGUGACCUCAAGCCUGAGAAUGUGGUAUUCUUUGAGAAGCAGGGUCUAGUGAAACUUACUGACUUUGGCUUCAGCAACAAGUUCCAGCCUGGUAAGAAGCUGACCACGAGUUGCGGUUCCCUGGCCUACUCGGCUCCUGAGAUCCUGCUAGGGGAUGAGUAUGAUGCACCGGCUGUAGAUAUCUGGAGUCUGGGAGUGAUCCUUUUCAUGCUGGUGUGUGGCCAACCACCCUUCCAAGAGGCCAACGAUAGCGAGACGCUCACCAUGAUCAUGGACUGCAAGUACACGGUGCCCAAUCACAUCUCCAGUGAAUGCAAAGACCUAAUCAAUCGUAUGCUGCAGCGGGACCCAAAGAGACGGGCGUCGCUUGAUGAGAUCGAGCACCAUGCCUGGCUGCAAGGAGUGGACCCCUCCCCCGCCACCAAGUACAACGUUCCACUGGUGUCCCACAAGAACCUCUCGGAGGAAGAGCAUAACAGCAUCAUCCAGCGCAUGGUUCUAGGGGACAUUGCUGACCGUGAGGCCAUCAUAGAGGCUCUGGAGGCUGACAAGUACAAUCACAUCACGGCCACAUACUUCCUGCUGGCGGAAAGGAUCCUUAAGGAGAAACAGGAGAAAGAGGUCCAAAACCGCUCCUCCAGUCCCAGCAACAUCAAGGCCCAGUUCAGGCAGUCGUGGCCCACAAAGAUUGACAUGCACCAAGACAUUGAGGAUAGCCUGGCCGCCUCAUCUAUUUCGCAUGCAGGUGGUCCGCAGUCACCGGCUCGCAGUGCAGAGAACCUGCUCAACGGGCACCGUGGCAAGGGUCUGUUAGACCUGGGCCGCCGUGAAGAUGCCAGUGAGCCUCUGCCACUGUCACCUGCUGUUCCUGGCUGUUCCUCUUUCCCACCACCAUCCUCUGCAGUCCCUGCCCAUGCUGUAAUUCCUACCUCUGGUCCACCUAAGCCUGGAACAGUAGCAUCCGCAAAGCAGCGAGCUUGCCUGUUCAGGGUGGAGGAGGAUGAUGAGGAGGAAGAGGAGGCAGAGCCAUCACCACUGCCUGCCCCUGUGGUGCUGCGGCGCAAGCCUCCCUCGGUGACUAGCCGGCUGACAUCACGUCGGAGUGCACCAGUGCUCAACCAGAUCUUUGAGGAAGAGGGAGAGUCGGAUGAUGACUUUGACAUGAACGAGGGGCUACCACCCAAGCUGAGUCGGCUGAAGAUGAGUAUGGCGUCUCCAGGUACAGCGCACAAGCGCUUCCCCCGCCGUAAAAGCCAGGGUCGUGGAUCCAGCUGCUCCAGUUCUGAGACGAGUGAUGAUGACUCAGAAAGCCACCGCCGGCGCCUGGACAAGGACUCAGGCUUCGGGUACAACUGGAACCGGAGGGACAGCAGUGAAGGUCCACCAGGGAACCCUGGGGGCAAUGGUGGUGGCAGCAGCGGGGGAGCACAGGGUGAGCCACAUGGGGAUGCCAGCCAGGGGCCGGACAAGGACAGCCCCCCAGGGGGUGGAGCAGGUGGUGCAGGAGGGGAAGGAACAGGAGGAGGCGAAGGAGGAGGAACUAAGAACCAGGGCAGCCCAUCAAACUGCUCCAGCAGUGGCUCCAACAACAUGACAACAGGCUCAACACGGAGCUCUGUUAGGGCAGCUGGGGAGCUGGUAGAAAGCCUGAAGCUCAUGAGCCUGUGUCUGAGCUCACAGCUCCACCACCUGGGUGCAGGCAGCAGAGGUGUGGCCAUGGGAAUGGGCCGGUUCAUACUGGACCCUCAGAGUUUCUCCAGCGUCAAGUUGCACGAGAAGACCACCUCUUGGAGGAUGUGCACUGGCUCUGAUAGCAGUCUCUACCGGCCGCCACUGCCUGUCUCUGUCCUGGGCCGUUCCGGGCCAAUGUCGUACCCCGGGCCAGUGUCGGCAGCAAUCAAUGAGUUGGACCUGGCAGCCAGGGAGAACCACAUGAACUUGAAAAAUGGCGUUCUUCAGCUACCUCUCUGUGACAAGACCAUCUCUGUGAACAUUCAGCGACACCCCAAGGAUGGGCUGCUGUGCACCUCCAGCCAGGUCAGCUGCUGUCAGGUGAUUUAACAGCAAUCACACCUGUAGCAUCUAUGGAGCGAUAGUGAUGGCUUUCCUCCAUCGGCCAUCAAUGACCUUAGCACAUCUUCACCCCAGAUCAAAUUUUUCCAUUGUCUUAUAAAUUGAGUUUUUCUGUAGUCCACACAUUGCAUAAUAAUGUGCAUUUGGUAGCAUUUCUUUCUUUUUCUCUUUUUAUAGCUGAAAGUUUUUUCACCAUUACUAUUUUUUCUCAAAUUAUAUGUCCCACAAAAUUAUAUAAAUCAUAACUGGGUCAAGGCUUGGAAAUUUUAAAGCAAAAAAUUAGAAAUUAAACAUCUGAGAUAGAGAUUACAUUCUAAGACAGAAUGUAGGGUAGGUUCUGGGCAAGCACUUAAUGGUGGGCUUCCUAAGAGUCUGAUCGAGUGGAACAGCCUGUGCAGUGUACGCUGCAGGCAGAGCGACGGUAGCAGAGAAGCGCAGCAAUAAGACUGGCCAUAGGAGGGCCUUAAGAGUUGGAAUUGUUUGUUUUUGCCCCUCAAGUCUUAAUGGAAAAAGUUAUAAAUUUAAAAAAAAAAAGAAUAAAAAAGGGUCAAUAUAUACUUAUUUUUUGAAAAGGAGAAUGCAUUUUACCCUGGAGUGCUAUUACUUCACAGAGACAAUCUAUUUGUAUCUUUACUGCUACUGAAGUUUGUUUUAAAUGUUUAUCCCAUUCAUAUUAGAUUAAAGUGUCAGAUGACUUGUUUUGUUCAGUACUGAAAAUUUAUUUUGAAUAUUUGAGACAUCACAGGAGUUUACAUGCUUGUCAGACACAUGAGGACAAAGGGCAGCCACAUGAGGGUUUGCCUUCAUUCCAGAUGUCUAGGCGAAGUGUCCCACCUUGAUAUGGCACGCACAUCAUUCCGAAGACAAAAAGGUGUCAGGUGAAUAUGUCACUAUCUUACCCAACAUUUUAAAUCAGGUUUUAUGACUAUAUAGCUGUCUUUAAUAGCAGUCUUUCCACUUAAUAGCAGGGAAGGCACUGAGCUGUCUGCUUACACUGUUCAUAUUUACAGUAGAAUCUGACACGGUGACAUAAUGCAGUACAUUUCCACAAUUGUGAGUAAGUUGUGUCCUCUGCCCAUAGACCCACUGACCCCAUUUACCGUGAUUACAUAAAGGGUAAAAUGCAGUAGAUAGGCAGAAGCUAUAUUACACACACAGGAGUAACUAAAGAAUGUAUAAUAUUUUUACAUAGCUGUGGUACUUGGGGAAAAUCUAGUCAGCAAAUUCUUGUAGAUAAAUUAUUUUGAACUUGUUUUAAAAAUACAUAUCUGAAAUAGAGUGAAAUACGUGUGUGGUCACUCAUUUUUGACUGUCAGAAUUUAUUGCACCACUUUGUCCAACCAAAAAUUGGGAUUGGAGGAAAGAGAAAUGUUGCAUGUUUUCAAAUCAUAGUUUACCCUAGAAAGAAUGGCUAUCAAAGCAACUUCAUACUUAACUACUACCAGUUAUUUUGACAUUUUGGAUUUCUUUUUUUAAUCUAGUUAAGUGAUUUGCACCUUUUUCAGCAUGGCCCUGUCUUUUUUUGUAAAAUCAUGUUACAGCUACUUCUCUGAAGUUUAAAGGAUGACUGCAUAUUUAAAAAUUUAUUUUUGGAUUUUAUGAGGACUGCCGUUAUAAGAUGCUGUUUGAGAGCAAGGCUCAAGGUUGAUGCGGGUUGUUCACUGUGGAGUGAACUCGUGUCAGUGGGCAAAAGUUACUGUAUUGUCAGGCUGCUGCGGAGAAAGGAGAUAUUUGUUCAUUCAUCCAUUCAUCCACUCAUUCAUUCAUUCAGGAAUAGUUGCAAGUGCAAACUCUUGGGAGAAAGAUGUUCUUUUCCCUGGAGAUGCAAUUUGCUGCAGGCUUGAAUCAGACUCUAAUGAGAAAUAUGAGAAAAGAUAUAGGGAAUAUAUUUAAAGGGCAUUGGCAAUAAGCUAUAUGUUGCAGCUAUAUGUACAUAUUUGUUUUAUAUAUUUUAAAUCUGUACAGCCACUUAUGGCAGCUCAUUAAAACAAAAAGAUCUCCUUUUUAUUUUCUUCUUUUAGAAGUUUGUAAAUAGAGGUGUAAAUAUAUUGCUCCCCAUUUAGAGAAGUAGCGUUGGUGCAUAACUGUAAAAUAUAGCCUUAUUAGAUAAGUGUAUUUAAAAAAUACAAGAACACAUAACUUGUCUUAACCCAGAUGUAAACAGGUGAAAGACAGCAUGUGUUGAGCAUUCUUCAUUAUUGAUCAAGGUGAGAACAACCACUACUUUGAGAUAUAUUAUUGGACCAAACAAUGUACUGACUUAAAUGAGAGAAUGUUUUGUAUCGCUGAAUCUGAAGCCUGUUCUCAAAAAUGACAUAUCUAUGAUAAUGUCCAGAAUUAAAUGUUGUGUA